UUCACAGCCCAGGUCUGUCCCAUCGCCGCGCGGUCCAGCUCCUGAGCUUUCGCCGCCCGCCGGUCAGUCGCUUGAACGCGCUCAAGCUCCACCGCCCUGGACCAGAGAGAAGCUGGCAAGGACGAGCCCAGAGAGCAUCACUGCCUCCGAGCUCUGCGCCUUCCUGCUUCCAGUUUUCAGACGAGUUUUCAACCCUCUUGGGAGAAAGUGAUUUUUGUUAUCUCGAUCCUCUGACUUCAUUGAUCGUUUAUCUUUCUUUUCCAAAUUCCUUGGGCCAACUUUGGUCACACCACACGCACUUGGCAAGUGUUUGGUGUCUGGAAACCUCCCUCUGGGUGUUUCUUGAGGGUGGUGAGAGGAGGCAGCGGAGGCCGUGGUCCUGCAAGCAGACUGUCCCGGCCUGGCUGGUGAGGUCGCGAUGUCCACCAAGGUGCCCAUCUAUCUGAAGCGCGGCAGCCGCAAAGGCAAGAAGGAGAAGCUGCGGGACCUGCUGUCCUCAGACAUGAUCAGCCCACCACUGGGGGACUUCCGCCACACCAUUCACAUUGGCAGUGGUGGCGGCAGUGACAUGUUCGGUGACAUCUCCUUCCUGCAAGGCAAGUUCCACCUCCUGCCGGGGACGGCGGUCGAGGAGGCCGAGGAGGCCGAGGAGGAUGGUGGCUUUGAGCUGCCCUUCCAGUUCACACGCACGGCCACCCUGUGUGGGCGGGAGCUCCCCGACGGGCCGUCCCCUCUGCUCAAGAACGCCAUCUCCCUCCCGGUCAUCGGCGGGCCCCAGGCACUCACCUUGCCCGCCGCCCAGGCCCCACCCAAACCCCCUCGCCUGCACCUGGAGACCCCUCAGCCUUCCCCACAGCCCUCCCCGCAGGAGGCAGGGAGUGUGGACAUCUGGCGGAUUCCAGAGGCUGCCUCGGUCCACAGUGGGCUGACCCCCGAGUCUGGGGCUGAGGAGCCCUUCCUGUCCCACGCCAGCUCCCUGCUCUCCCUGCACGUAGACCUGGGGCCUUCCAUCCUGGACGACGUUCUCCAGAUCAUGGACCAGGACCUGGGCCACCUGCAGAUCCCCACAUAGGACCCAAGAAUGGCCAGGCUGGGGUGAAUGCCAGAGGCAGUUGGUGGACACGGCCCUGAUCUAGAAGUCGGGGUCCCAAGGUUCCACCUGCGUGGUUGCUGGCCAGUGAUUUCUCACUUUGAGCCUUUGUUUCCCUCCCUCCCACCCUUUCCCCGUGGACAGAGUGGCCUCUUUGCUUUCCCCUAAGCCCCACGAGGGUAUGUGUAGACGUCAGCCCAAAGUGCCCUGUGCAUCUUGGGCCACCCAGACCCCCACUGCCAACUGCUCCUCAGAUCCCUUGGCCUAAGGCUCUGCUGAAAUGGACUCUGCUUUUCACCUCCCUCCGCCUCAGCCCCAUCAACGCCCUGCUCGGGGGUGGAGGGUGAGGGAAGACGUGGGGCACAGCCAGCUGGAUCUUUGGCUCCGUGUCCUUAACUGGGAAUAUGGCAUCAGUGACCGAUGUCCCUCCGCCCCACCCCUCCCACAUGACCGGGGGAUCCUGGUUGCAAUAAAACUUGCUGCUGCUGGUA